AUGGCGCAAAAGCAGCCGAUCAAGACGACGACGAACGCCGACGCGACAUCGAAGUCGCUGCUUAACCUACCAUCGCCGCAAGCCUUCGAUAUCCUGCCACUGCUCCACGAAUAUCUCGCACAGGUCGACGUGCACUUCAAUCAAGAUGUGCCGCCCGACGAGAGACCGCACGAGGAAGGCAAUGAUGAUAUAGGUGCAACAUACGGAGGCGAAAAAGGCAAGCCUCUGAACCCGAAAGAGCUGCCAGCCAAAGUAUCGGAUGUCAAGCAGAGAAUCAGACAGGCGCAGCGCGAGCUUGAGAAACUGCCAGACAUGGAUCGCACUGUGCAGGAGCAAGAAGAGGAGAUCCAGGAAUUGCAGGACAGGAUUCGGCGGCAAAGAGAAAUGCUGAAGGGCCUCGCUUCGUUCGCGAGGACCAUGGAGGAGAGGUUGCCGUGA